CCCGGUGCGGGAGAGGAGCACCACAGCUCGUGCACACUGACUGGAACAGCCCACAAGAAGGAGAACAGCAACAGUAAUUUUACGUUUGUUGUCGAAGCUGGAACGAGGGCCUGCAAUGUCGGUCAAAACUCAUCCGGAAUACAUAUCCUAGAGGCAGGAUAAAAACGAGACGCCGGAGUGUUGCUGAACAUAUUUGCAAUUUGGCUUCCUUCAGGCUCACCCACUGACUCCACGAUAAAUCGUCUCCGGUCAUCAUGCCGGCAGGAACAAACGACCCCGAGAGCAUUUUAAGCUACCAGCGGCCAGAUGAGGAGGUGGUGGUGGAUCAGGGUGGGACCAUCCCCAACAUCCACUUUGAGAAGGAGGAGCUAGAAGGACACAGGACUCUUUUCGUGGGCGUGCGCAUGCCCCUGGGCCGGCAGAGCCAUCGGCACCACCGCCCCCACGGGUCCCGGCACCGCAAGCGCGAUCGCACGCGAGGGGGCGUGGCCCAGGAGGAAGGGGGCGCAGCUGCAGCCCACAGCGAGACUGACACCCAGUCGCAUGACACACCGUCCCAGCGAGUGCAGUUCAUCCUGGGCACAGAGGAGGAUGAGGAGCAUGCGGCCCAUGACCUCUUCACUGAGCUGGACGAGAUCUGCGUGAAGGAGGACAAGGAUGCUGAGUGGAAGGAGACGGCCAGGUGGCUGAAGUUUGAGGAGGAUGUGGAGGACGGCGGGGAGCGCUGGAGCAAGCCCUAUGUGGCCACGCUGUCCCUGCACAGCCUGUUUGAGCUGCGCAGCUGCAUCAUCAACGGCAGCGUGCUGCUCGACAUGAAGGCCAGCUGCAUCGAAGAGAUCGCAGACAUGGUGCUCGACCAGCAGGAGGCAGCGCAGGAGAUGGACGAGAGCGUGCGGGUGAAGGUGCGGGAGGCCCUGCUGAAGAGGCACCACCACCAGAACGAGAAGAAAAGGAACAACCUCAUCCCCAUGGUGCGCUCCUUCGCCGACGCCGGCCGCAAGCAGUCCGAGCCCCACUCCAUGGAGAAGAGCGCUCCAGCCGUCUCCCCCCAGCCUCCCCCCACCAACACGGAGGUGAAAAAUGGAGUCAACCAAGACAGCAGCCAAGUGGCUAAGGUGGACACACAUUUCAUGAAGAAGAUCCCGACCGGGGCGGAGGCCUCCAACGUGCUGGUGGGCGAGCUGGACUUCCUGGAGAGGCCCAUAGUGGCAUUCGUCCGUCUGUCCCCUGCUAUCCUGCUGUCUGGCCUGACUGAGGUCCCCAUUCCUACCAGAUUCAUGUUCAUUCUGCUGGGUCCGGAUGGGAAAGGCCAACAGUACCAUGAGAUUGGCCGCUCCAUGGCCACCAUCAUGACCGAUGAGAUCUUCCACGAUGUAGCCUACAAGGCUAAGGAUCGUAGUGACCUCCUGGCUGGGAUCGACGAGUUCUUGGACCAGGUGACUGUGCUGCCUCCAGGAGAGUGGGACCCCUCCAUCCGCAUCGAGCCCCCGAAGAACGUCCCUUCCCAGGAGAAGAGGAAGAUGCCGGGCGUGCCUAACGGGAUGGCCUGCCAGGUGGAGACGGAGGCGCAUGCAGAACACCACGGCCCAGAGCUGCAGAGGACCGGCAGGUUUUUCGGGGGCCUGAUCCUGGACAUUAAGCGGAAGGCCCCGUUCUACCUGAGUGACUUCCGGGACGGCCUGAGCCUGCAGUGCGUGGCCUCCUUCCUCUUCCUGUACUGCGCCUGCAUGUCCCCCGUCAUCACGUUCGGCGGCCUGCUGGGGGAGGCCACGGAGGGCCGCAUCAGUGCUAUUGAGUCCCUCCUGGGAGCCUCCAUGACAGGCAUUGCCUAUUCCAUCUUCGCGGGGCAACCACUCACCAUCCUGGGGAGCACCGGUCCAGUCCUGGUCUUUGAAAAGAUCCUCUUCAAGUUCUGCAAAGACUACGGCCUGUCGUACCUGUCCUUGCGCACCUGCAUCGGGCUGUGGACGGCCUUUCUGUGCCUGGUGCUGGUCGCCACGGACGCCAGCUCGCUGGUGUGCUACAUCACGCGCUUCACGGAGGAGGCCUUCGCCUCCCUCAUCUGCCUCAUCUUCAUCUACGAGGCCCUGGAGAAGCUGAUCCACCUGGGCGAGCUCUACCCCAUCAACACCCACAGCGACCUGGACCAGCUCACACUCUCCUACUGUAGGUGUGCUGCACCCGACAGCCCCAGCAACACUACCCUGGAGCUCUGGAGCCAGAGGAACAUCACAGCCUCUGCAGUGCCCUGGGCCAACCUCACUGUCAAGGAGUGUUUGGAGUUCCAGGGCCAGUUUGUGGGAACGGCGUGUGGACACCAUGGCCCUUACACCCCCGAUGUGCUCUUCUGGUCCGCCAUUCUCUUCUUCUCCACGUUCUUCAUGUCCAGCUUUCUGAAGCAGUUCAAGACCAGCCGCUACUUCCCCACAAAGGUGCGGUCCAUGAUCAGUGACUUCGCCGUUUUCCUCACCAUCGUCUUCAUGGUUCUGAUUGACUACGUUAUCGGGAUCCCCUCCCAGAAGCUGCAGGUGCCCAGCAAGUUCAAGCCAACCAGAGACGACCGCGGCUGGAUCAUGAACCCGAUUGGCCCGAACCCCUGGUGGACCGCCCUGGCCGCUUCCAUCCCAGCGCUGCUGUGCACCAUCCUGAUCUUCAUGGACCAGCAGAUCACCGCCGUCAUCAUCAAUCGCAAGGAGCACAAGCUUCUGAAAGGCUGUGGGUAUCACCUGGACCUGCUGAUGGUGGGGGUGAUGCUGGCCAUCUGCUCGGUGAUGGGGCUGCCCUGGUUCGUGGCGGCCACCGUGCUCUCCAUCUCCCACGUCAACAGCCUGAAGCUGGAGUCGGAGAGCUCCGCCCCCGGGGAGCAGCCCCGCUUCCUGGGCAUCCGCGAGCAGCGGCUCACCGGCCUGCUCAUCUUCCUGCUCAUGGGCUGCUCCGUCUUCAUGACCGGGGCUCUGCAGUUCAUUCCUAUGCCUGUUCUCUAUGGAGUGUUCCUCUACAUGGGCGCCUCAUCUCUGAAGGGUAUCCAGUUCUUCGACCGGCUGAAGCUGUUCGGCAUGCCGGCCAAGCACCAGCCGGACUUCAUCUACCUGCGGCACGUGCCCCUGCGGAAGGUGCACCUGUUCACCCUGACGCAGCUCACCUGCCUGGUGCUGCUGUGGGUGAUCAAGACCUCCCCCGCCGCCAUCGUCUUCCCCAUGAUGGUGCUGGCUCUGGUGUUCAUUCGUAAGCUGCUGGAUCUGUGCUUCUCCAAAAGAGAGCUCAGCUACCUGGAUGACCUCAUGCCGGAGAGCAAGAAGAAAAAGCUGGACGAUGCGUCUAAGAAGGCUGAGGAGGAGACUGAGAUCAUGCUGGGGACAGAAGCGAAGGAGAGGAAGCAGGACAAGGCCUCUGUCCAAAUUCCCAUGGAAAGCAGCAACCUCCUGCAGCCCCCCAAAAUCAGCGAGCACAGGUGUGACCCAUCAGACAUUAAUAUCUCUGACGAAAUGUCUAAAACUACCGUGUGGAAAUCACUCAGCUCAAAUCACAAGGACACCCGCCCAAUUCUCUCCAAAAAGGAGUGACAGUGAGUGAGGGAGGUGCCUGGAGGCUGCAGCAGUGGUGGGGACUUGGGGACGGCAGGAACUCUGCAGGACAUCACAGCCUGCUGGUUUUACAGCAGCAGUUAAACCCCUCCCCCUCUGUACCAUAGAGGCCCUACCUCCAGUAAUACCCUUCAUUCUCUGUACCAUAGAGGCCCUACCUCCAGUAAUACCCUUCAUUCUCUGUACCAUAGAGGCCCUACCUCCAGUAAUACCCUUCAUUCUCUGUACCAUAGAAGCCCUAUCUCCAGUAAUACCCUUCAUUCUCUGUACCAUAGAGGCCCUACCUCUAGUAAUACCUUUCAUUCUCUGUACCAUAGAGGCCCUACCUCCAGUAAUACCCUUCAUUCUCUGUACCAUAGAAGCCCUACCUCCAGUAACGCCCCUCCCCCUCUGUACCAUAGAAUCCCUGGCUCCAGUUACCUCCCCCAGUCUCAGAUGUACAACCACCACUUACACUCUUAACUCCUAAACUCCCCUAUCUACCCUAACCCACAGUUCCCCUGUCACAUUGACUAACAGUAACGUCACGCAGGCAGUCAUGCCUUGCGCACACAAACUUUUCCCUCUUUUAACAGCUCUCCUGUAAUAUAGUGUGGCAGGGGAGACUGUUGCCCAAACCCAGGUUUUUUAAUGUGUGUAUUUAUGUCUGGGCUAGUCAUUUCUCUUUGUUAGAUCUGUAAUUUUAUCUUUUUACUGUCACAUAAUUGUUUUGUAGUUGUUGUCUUUAGUGGUUAGUGGUUCAGGGUGCUGGUGUUGGUGCAGUUUUUUAAAUGUUUGUUUUUAUUCUGAAAACAACAACUGAAUGACUGAAUAAGUAAAAUAUAGAGAUGUUGUUUUAUCUGCCAGGCUUACAGUUAGUGGCUGUUUUUUGCAAUGCAAAAAAAUUAGUGUGUCCUGUAAUCUUUUGAGUUGAAUUUAUGGUCAAAGAAACUGUGAACGGAAUAUGUUUGUGCUUAAGCCGAAAAGGAAAAAAUUAAUCUUUGAUUAAAUGUUAACGGACUGACGAGGUAAGCCCAGCGAGCAAGUCUAGAGUGUUAGAGUUAUUCUGUUGAGGCUCCAGUCAUACGUAUGAAAACGACAGUCCAGUCUGAAACUUAGCAAUAAAUACUCCAAAAUAAAGUGCACAUAGACCAGAGAGCUUGUUCAUGCUGGAUCCAUCCACAAACCCACAAAAACACUACAAGGGAAGAGUCAAUGGGUGCGCUUGAGAUACUGUGCAGUUUAUGCUGAACUUGCUGAUGGUGAGAUCAGAGUAACCCAAAAUUGCGUGUCUCUGGUUUGACACUGUAAGUGGCCCUUCUGUAUGGAGUGGGAAUGCUACGUGUGUUUUGGAAGUAUACUACAGGUUUACAGGUCUUCAUCCAACUGAUAUCCCUGAGCCCGACUUGUAAAUUGCAUUAUGAUAAGAAGUGGCAGCUGAAAGCUCUGGAUAGUCCUUUGGGGUUUCCUGGAAUAAUGGCUUGUCUCAGGCCCAGGACCUUCCUAUAGGUGUCCCUCAAGGCUCAGUGCUUGGUCCCCUCCUCUUUUCCCCGUAUAUGCAGUCCCUUGGGUCUAUUGUCUUCGCCCAUGUUUUCUCGUACCGUUUUUAUGGUGGUGAUCCUCAGAAUUUCCUUGCGUUGCCUACAGCUUACAUUAGAACAAGCUUGCUCAUGUCACACCACUGAGCGGGUGAAGAGGAUCACACUUCAGCGACUGCCUGUUACAGCUCACGUCAAUUUUAAAUCUUGGGUGCUAGCUUACAGGGAAGUGAAUGGAACAGCUUCACCAUACCUUUAAUCAAUCUUUAAACCCUUCACCCUGGUCAUAUUGCUCCGUUACACAACCUCGAGCAACUGGCUGUUCCCUUUCUGCGUGGUUGAGUUUAUUCUGGCCCUGUCUGUUCUGGCCUCACAGUGGCUGAACAAAACUUCCCUUAUUGGUCAGGACAACAGAAUCAUUGACUAUUUUCUGAUGCAGACUGAAGAUCCAGACUGCAUCUUCAUUCCUGUCCCAUCUCCAGACCCAUAGCACUCCCACUAUUUGUAUUAGUUUAGGCUAUGGCAUUUUAUAGUUUAAGGUUAUAUUUUUGUGGUUUUAUGUUUCCCUAUUUUGGGCUUGUCAUGGAUGUAGCCUUUAUCUAUUUAGAAUUUAUACUUCGGUUCUUGGUUAGCAGAGUUAGCUCACUUUAGUGAUGGCGCAUCUUUACUCGCGGGUUCGGGAAAGUUGUUAGCCAGGUCUGCACUAUUGCUAACAUUACCGAAGAACACGCUUGUGUUUAUGUGACAUUGUUAAGUUUUUUCUGGGUAAGAGCAUGUUUUGGAAAGGGAGCACAUGUGCAUCUGUGCUCUCCUGAGCUUCUGAGUUGAUUGUGAAGUUUGGCCAAUGAGCGCUGGAGAUUGGGCAUUCCAGACUGGGGAGAAAGAGGGGAAAACCAUUUUCUAAAAUCACACAGCUGACACGUAAAUUUAUAGUAUCGUCAAACAAUUUUAAAACUUUCUUUUAUAAGAUUUUGUAGAGGUGCAGGUGGAUUUUGUAAGAUUGUAUAGGCCUGCUUUCUCUGACCAGUUCAUAUUAAAAUUCAGCUACUUCUGUUUAUGCGCAAGGCAUGAUAUGGUUAUAGCAUUGGACAGAUCAUGACCGUCUAGCAACUGGUUGUGCAGGUUCGCAGAUGCCAUUCUCCAAUCUGGAUGCAUAAGGCACUAUCUCAAGUGCACCCAUAUGUACCAUGAGGAGGCGUGUUUGUCAAACUGAUAUGCUGGGAUUUAAAUCUGGUGACACUGGAAAAUGAGGUGCAGUUAAGUGGGAUGAUUCCAGCUGUUGGUGGCGGUUGCUUGAAGUUCAGGACUAGUGUGACUGGGCAUCUCUCAGCCUGGACCUGGAGGCUGAAAUUCAGUGAUGGAUCCAGACAUUAUGUUGGUCUGCACUGUCAGCUCAGAGGUAUAUUGUGUCAUUGUGCUCAGGAGACAAUGAAAAAGUGCUGGCACAUUUUUCUUCAAUAAACAGUCAUAUGGAGUUGCACUUUGUGUACAUAUAGAAAAUAUUACCUUUAUUUUUUAUUUAAAUGAGAUUAUGAAGUACAAUAACUUAUUUUAUGAUAAAUAAUGUUUUAGCAGUCUGUGUCCUUUGUACAAAGUGAAAGAAACAGUCUGGCAGAUGAGCAAAAGGAGAAAUGGCUAUAGACGUUACAGAUUCACAGAUAUUUCAUUCAUUGAGAAUAGGGCAGCCAUUCCUUAAUUCUGUGUAUUGAAACAAUAGAUGUGGAGACUGACAAGAAAGAAAUGGUGUUAGGAAUUUGAAAUACCUGCGAUCUCACCCAAGUUUUUCUGGCUCCCGUUAAACAAAUUUGGUGUUUGUCAUGAAAAGCUGUAUCGGCCGAUAGGAGCUCACAUGACUCACAAUGUGUAUGUGUCCCAACAUGCAUCAGGGCCGGAUUAAGACUACGUGGGCCCUGGGGCUAUGACAACACUUCGGCCCCUAACCCCGCCCCCCUUCCCCCCAAGUUUGAUAGCAUGGAAGAGCAUAAGGGCCAGGUUUAGGCCGCCUACUCACAAAUAAAGUGUAACCGAUUCAACAGCAGCUCACAUGUCUGAAUUAUUCCUGCUCUUAGACAACUGGGCAUGACAGAGGAGCAGCAGCGUACUGAACGUGAAUGUAGAGCCAGUACACUGCCCGUAUGUUACUGCUACUCAACAAACAGCGCACACAUAAAAAAAACACAUCAAUCAUAGCUUGAGGUCUAGUCACUACUCACAAAUAUAAUCAGCAGCACAAUAAUAUUGCACACCAUAAGAUUGAGCAGCGAGUCAAAUGUAAAUGCAAAUGAACGGUAGCAGUACUAAUAGUCUAAAUAAUAAUGUGUCGCAUUAACGUUCCAGAAGGGUCAGGGCUUUAAUGAAACAAGGGGGGUAGCUUACCAAUUUAAAAGCACUUCUUUCUUGCUCAACCGGAUCUUCACAGUGCACUCAAAACCCCAACAUUCGAUAAAUACGAUAUUUACUCAAUAUGAAUUUAAUCAGAUCUAACAUGGCUUCCUUAUCUCAGAAGCAGUUUAUCCUUAGUUUGGUUACCAAAUUAAAUUAGCUGCAUGUAAAACAUUUAAAUACAUAGUUGGCUACCAUAUUUAACGUAAUAACUCUUUCUUAUUAAUUGAUUUCUUGAGCUUGUACCAAUUUUUGAUCUGCAACAUCUUGCCAUGACUUGUAAAUACUGACAGUUCAAUGUUGGCCAUAGCUACGGUAUGAAAUGGCAACAUGACCUCACUGGUAGAGAGGAAAAACAGGCUUAUCUUAUGCAAUAGACUACCACAGAGCAGAAAUGCCUCUUAGCAAUGCCCUGCAUUAAACUGUGCCUACAGAGCAUAGAAAGUUUUCCUUGAAUUAAAUUUAAAAAGAGAAAAAGGCCUACACCAUCAAACAGCCCUAGCUACCACCAACAUGAAAUGCAUCCAAAGCCAUAUCCACAUAACACCACUACUACACAACAACUAUCAGUAUGAUCAGGUCAGAAGAGGAUAAUGUUACAGUAGUCUAUGUAUUAUCCAUAAAUGCAAAAUAUGCCUUUAUAUUAUUAUAUCUGUACUCAAAUAAGCAGUUUUAUCCCAGAUGCAAGUCCCUAAUUGUAUGAAACUGUACACCGUUCCCCUCCCCCCAAUAUAGCAAUGUGGCAUGAGCAUGACUCUGAGCAUGAACCUCUGUCUCCGGGAGAGAUGAACCCUUGUUCCCAGGAUUAGCUCAGUCCUGACCAUGAAUGCUUUUUCAGGUAUUUUGGAGUUUGAUUAAUUAUUGGGGUUUUAUUCCAAAAAAUAAAAUAAAAAAACGAAACUUAAUUUCUGGGGCAUGGUGGAUAUACACUUCAAACUCUAAAAAACCCACAGCCUUGGGAAAGCACAGGAAAACCUCAAAAAGGCAGAGUAAAAAGCUGAUUUUUCCUAUAUCACAGGAGAAGUGUACAUGAACAUGAUGCAUGAUGUCUUAGUCUUUCCUCUAAACUGUAUAUCACUGAAUCUGAAAAUUACUGAAAAAAACCCAGUGCUGAAAAACCAUCUUCCCUCCUGUGGUUUCCACAAAUUUAUUAGGCCCUAACUGAAACGACCUGUACUAGACAGGGGGGUCCAGCUUCCUGACAUCACAGCAGAAGAGUGAUAACUAACCAAACAAAUAAAUAGAUAAACCAAGGGAAAAGCGAGCAUUUGUAUAGGUGGGACCCCCAAACCAUAACUAUUAUAAUAUCAACCCUUGACCUGGUGAAAUUGCUUACAUCAGCUCUCGAAAUAAGCAAGCUAGCUGGUUAUCUUAUUUUUGACCCUCUCAGGAGCAAUCCUAACUGUUAGAUAGUAUGCCUCCAUUGCCAAGUUGCUAACAUUAACCGUGGUUUAUUAUAAUCCAAUUCUGGGUAAGUUUGGUUUGGUCUGAACACGAAAAGGGCCUUAAUAUAGGAGUAUGCUACUGACUGCCAGCUUCAGACAGUAGUGUGAAUACUAAGCUCUUUAGAAUAACUUCAAGCAAUGGUAAUUCUGUAGGCAUACCAAAGCACAACACUAUGUUUCCUAACAGUAAUCUCACCACAUCCCUCCCCUUCCCCCAUUUUUAUGUCUGUCGAAUGAAAACAAGCUUUUUGCAUCAGCCAGGUUUACAAACCUAUGAGUCUGGUCACACUUGAUGUGUUAGAUGAUGGUCCAGUGUACAGUAUGACAGAAACUAAAGUCUGCCUCUUCUAUAUUUGUUGCACGCCACGACACACCCGUAUGGUGGACAGAAGAGUUGGACACAGGGAGAUGUGAGAAUUCCGGAAUAUUCCGGUGUUUAUAAGAGCGAGAGAGAAAGAGAACGCGGCCACUACAAAAAUAGAUAAAACAGCUUCCCCUCGCAGGAUCCGGGUAAAAAUAAUAAAGAAACACGACAAAUUAAAAUAACAAAGACGAAAAUAACCAAAAUUACAAAACAGCUUUUCCUUGCUGGCAACUUCCUCUCCCUGUCAGGUUGUGAAUCUCUCGGUCACAGCAACCUACUGGGAAGAAAGCACACUUUAAAUACCUGGAUUAAUUAUUGAUGCACUCCAGGUCUGUGUGCUUACUUAACCAGUAGGCGUGGUCCUCCGAUUACCAUGAACCUCCCCCACAAACCGAGCCCUGCCACAAUAUUAUACUAUAUAUGCCCAGGGAUCCACAAAUAAUUUGUUAAAAGGUAAUAUUUUGGAUGAAAGAAAGACUUGGAUGAAAGUGUGACAGAGGUCCAAAGUUAAGAAAUGUGUCACAGAAUGCUCGUUUAAGAGAUCAUCAACUGUAGUAAGUUCGUAAAAUAUAAUGUUACAAGUGUUAUUAGGUUUGUGAAAUGUCAGAAAUAGCAAAUGAAGAGGAAAAUAAGAGAAUUGCCUCCUUAACUACUGUAUAGUACAACUGUACUUAUUGUAUACUAUGAGAAUAAAGAAACCAAUUAUAAUUU